CCGGACGUGUCACAUGUCAAAACAAACGCGCCGCUGUUCCCAUGUAAAGUUAGCUCUGCAAUCUGCCGAUCAUAUUAAAUACACACCGACAUACACGAUACAGUUGUAGUUUACUUUCAUUGACAUAUUAAUUAGAAGCCAAAUAACUUUCUCUGUUGCCAAUAUUGUGUUUAAUGGCGUCCCGUGCAACAGACUGGAUCACAUCAUGUUCCAAUGUUAUUCUGUCUGCCACAGCACUGCACUCUUCUUCUAAACUCUUUAAGGAUCACAGGGCUCCUUCAGUAGGCCUCUUCUUCCUUGGACUCUCUGCAGGACUUUGCGUCUUCCAUCCCUCCAGCUCAUUCCUCUCCUCCCUCCAGAAGGAAGCAGAGUGGGCCGGCGAGGUUCUGGCUCCAGCAUUGGUCUCCUUCCACUUCCUGUGGCUCAGCGAAGACCGCAACACGGCGCAUAUCCUCCUGUGUGGCUCCUGCCUGCUACUGGGACUGUGUGACUGGCUCUCAGCAGAUGCACUCACAGUCUUGACUCGUUGUCUGGGCCUGUCGUCCCUGUCCUGCAGCCUGACUGUGUGUCUGUUUGCCGGUAACGUUUUAGGGGCCCUGGGCGGGGUGGCCCUCAGCCUACCGUUACUUGUAGCUCCGGGGGCUGGAACAAACACUUUUGCCCCUCUCAUCUCUCCAGUUGCCACUGAGGGAAUGUUCAAGUGGCUUUUGAAAGUGUUCAUGUCUAUAGGCUGUUGGGCCUCAACGCAGGCCCUUGACAAGUUUCUGUUGGACUUGACUGACAGAUGUAACAUAAGCAUUUAGUAAACUAGUAGAGACCUGUAUGAUCUGCCAGGAUCUGUGUUCAUUCAUGCACUGUGUCAAAUGCUACUAAGUGGUCAGUUGGACAGAUGUAGAAUUUUUUGUGCCCAACUUACAUUUCAGGACAUUUGUGAGGAAGAUUUAAGUUAUAUUUGAUUGUGAUUCCUACUAGAGCUGAAAUGAUUUGGCAGUUAAAAAUUGAUCGACAUCAAUUUUUAUUAAGUCAAUUAUCAAGAAAAAAUUCCAAACAUUAGCAGGUUCUAACAUCUAAAUUGUAAAGAUUUGCAGCUUUUCUCUUCUGGUUAUACAAAUUAAAUAUCUUUGGGACUUAGACUGUCAUUUGGAAAAAAACAAGUAAUUAAAGGAAAGAGAAUUGUGACAGGAAUUUUUCACAAUUUUCUGAUGUUUUAUUGACUAAACAAAUAAUCAAAAAAGUGAUCGAUAAUUAAAAUAAUCAUUGGUUGCUGCACUAGUUUCUACAUUGGAGGUGACAUAUACUACACGAUAACAUGGUUAAGGCCAGAAUACAAACUUAUUAAUGAACAGUGAACUAAGGCUGGGCUGUAUGUAAAAAAUGAAUAUCAUGACAACCAGAAUAUCUUUUCAUGAUAUUAUUAUAUAUCACAAAAUCAAGUCAAUUUGUCAGCAUGUUAAUGAAAAGUCAAACUGGAGCUGCCGUUUAAAAUCCUUCAUUAAGGCAAUUAAAUUGUGUAUUGUGCUAUUACAAAGUCCCACAUGUGAAUAUACUGUAUGGUAGCUGCUAAACCAAGACCUUGGGUGAACAUCAUAUAAGCUUCAUUUGAAUGAUAGUACUAGAUUUAAAAAAAGACACCAAGAUACCAACAAACCAGUCAUUUGCAUGAAAGUACAUGACCACAAUUUACAUCUGAUAUCCCACGGUGAUAUUCUGCGUCACUGUGGUGCAACAAUGAUCUUUUUAGUCAUACUGGAAGUACAUGGGUGACAUUUAUUAAGCUAUUGAAUGUGGCAUUUUAACUUUCUAUGUGAGCAUUUCCAGGCCGUACACACUUAUAGGCCAUUUGUAUCCUCCACACAUCUCUCUGCUGACACUUUUAGUGUUCUGUCCUCCAAAAUCAUCCAGCUGUCUCAGAGUCUGGGUCUUGUUCAUCAUGCCGCCUCUGCAGUAUCACUGUUAAAAUGUCUGCAGUGGUUUAAGCUCUUGGCCUUGAUUUUACAUCAUCAUGACCAUUUGAUACUUAUCAAUGCUUUUUUUUAUAACCUUGGUUUUUAGUGGCUUCACUGUUGACUGAAAUAACCUUUUUUUGUACUCUCACCAUCACUUAAACCAGAUCUUUAUCAUUUAGUUUGUCCAUCGGAUUGUCCUUGUAAUGUAUUGAUAUUCCUCACAGAGAAUUGCACUGGACACUGCAGACUCUCUCAGGAUUUCAGAGUUGUGAGCAGCUGCCUCAGCACUUUUGCUGCUGUCUGCGCGCAAGGAUCUGUGGCUUUAUGCCUGUCUGUGGGAUAGUGCCUUUGUUAAACCUCAGGUGACCAGGGAUUCAAUAAUUCUGUGAGCUUAGAGUGCAAAAAAAGGAUCACUGUAAUUGUGCCGAUUGUGUUUUCUGUCAUGAUUCAUCAUACAGUUAAUGUCUUUGUUUUUAACGUUUUUAAAAAUAUCACAUUUCGAUAUUGUACUUUUAUUUAUUCCUUUUUUUGUUGAUGUAAAAUAAAACUGAUAAGGCUCUCUAAAGGAAGAGAAAGUCAACAUAACUUGAAUAAAUUGUUUAACA